GUGCCCUGACAGAAGUGGGACCAGAGGAAGAGGAAGAUGCUGAAUCUCCCUGGGAUUCUGAGCUGAAGACUCCUGAAUCUGUUUUGGAAAUGGAUGAAACCUCUCCUAAAAAAAGGCAGCAGAAAUCAGAUCUGUUGGAGGAAUUUGGUUUAGGAGAUGCAGAGGAUAUCGAAGAUGAGUACUCGAGAUCUACCUUUCCUAUGUCGUCAUCAGCUGAAAAAGAUGACAUCAAGGAAGCCAUUGAAAACUGUGGGGUGCAGGAUAAAUACAUUUUAGAAACUACCAACUUGAUAGAAAAAACAGCAUGUGAAAAUCAGACUGACAAAGCAGAAAUUUCACAUCAGGAAGCCCUAGCAGAAAAUGAGGACUCGCACAGUGCUGGCAAGCAGUUAAGCCCAAAACCUUGGGAAGAAAGAUACGAAAGAAUGUGGGUUGAAAAAGAGAAAAGGGAAUUGAAAACAAAUUUUAAAAACAUUACAGCAGAGCUGAAGCAGCUGUUUGGUGAAAUUAAUGAAACUAGGAGAACUACUUCCGCUGUGGAAGAAGUGUCAGAAGAUGGCUUCAGUGAAGAAUUGAAGAGUUCUCAUGUUGUUCCAUCUCAUGCAACAGAAUCAAGUACUAAGAUAGAAAGUAAAGGUGAAUUUGGAGAUAUUAAACUUAUGCUAGGUGGGAAGAAACCCAAAAUGGAAAUCGUAAUUCCGAGCCUUGGUGUACUUCCUGAUCGAAAUAACCUAAAUGCAGACAUGGAAGAUACAUGGAGCACAGAUGAAGAAGAUGGCACAAACGAUACAGAUAAUACAAAAGUGCCUCUAGCAAAAGGAGAGGAAAAGAAAACGUCCACUCUGGAAAAGAAUGAAAAUGGGAGUAGUACAAAUGGAGAGGCAAGUCCUGAAUACUCUCUGAGACGUAGCUUAAAAACAAAUAUUUUGGAUGACAGUAAUAUUCUUCCUAAAAUAAGACGUGUUUCUACAAGCGCUGAAAAUGCACUUUUUGUAACAGAAGGUAAACUUGGAAAAGCCUCUGCAUUUAAUGAUGAUGUUCCCAGGGAGUGCCUUACUGACAGUAACAAAAUAAGAGAAACAGCAGUUGUCAGUCUUUUUGCAAAUGCUCAGCAAUCAUGUGACAUGCUGAAAAGGAACCUUGAUGAAGAACUGAAACAAGAUAUGGAAAGAUUUAAGAGUAAGGUAGGAAUGCUGCAAAUAGCAUUCCUGGCUUUGGAGCAAGAGAAGGUUGAGAAGGAGAAAAGCAAGGAAAGAUGUUUCAAAACGCAGGCGGUGGCAAAACAGGAAGAUCUUGAUAAAUUGAAUAUACUGGCAGGCAACGUUACUAAUCAGCAAAUGAAACAAAAGCUUACUGGGAGGGAGGAUGACUGCUUGAAAAUGGAGAUCGAAAACUCUACAGCAGAAAAAGACAAAAAGAGCUUUUCGUCUGAGGAGAGAUCAAAAUUGAUUCAAUUGCCGAUGAAAGG